UUUAUACGUAAUCACGGGGCGACAGCUGGAACGUAAACAAGUGUGAAACCAGUAUCAUCCUCCGUCUUUAAAAAAAAAAAAAAAGAAAAAAGAAGACUAAAUAUGCCCAAAGUUGUGUCUCGGAGUGUGGUGUGCUCGGACACCCGUGACAGGGAAGAGUAUGAUGACGGAGAGAAACCCCUGCACGUGUAUUACUGUCUGUGCGGCCAGAUGGUCCUGGUUCUGGAGUGUCAGAUAGAGAAAUUACCCAUGAGACCACGGGACAGCGCUCGAGUGAUUGAUGCAGCAAAACAUGCCCACAAGUUCUGCAAUGUGGAGGAAGAUGAGACUGUGUACUUAAAAAGGUCAGAGGGCAUCGAAAGGCAGUUUCGAAAAAAAUGUGGAAAGUGUGGUCUGCUCUUGUUCUAUCAGCAUCAGAUGAAGAGCACUCCAGCAACGUUCAUUGUGGAUGGAGCUUUGGUUAAGUUCGGACAGGGAUUUGGCAACACAAGUGUGUACAGUCAGAAACAAGAGCCGCCUAAGAAAGUCAGGGUUAUGAUGACCAAGCGCACCAAAGACAUGGGCAAGUUCAGCUCCGUUACUGUCUCAACGAUCGAUGAAGAAGAGGAGGAGAUUGAAGCGCGGGAGGUGGCAGACUCCUAUGCUCAGAAUGCCAAAGUGAUUGAGAAGCAGUUGGAGAGGAAAGGAAUGAGCAAGAGGAGACUACAGGAACUAGCGGAACUUGAAGCUAAGAAAGCCAAGAUGAAGGGAACUCUCAUUGACAACCAGUUCAAAUGAAGAUUGUGUGUAUGGCAGAAAGAGCAAAUGGGUGUGUUGUGCUUCAGAGAGAGUGUGUGUAUAUUUGCGCAAUAGCUUAUGUGAAUGGGUGGGAUUGUUUUAUUUUAUUUUUUUAUGACAGAUUUUCUUGACAUUUUUGAAUGGUUGAACUGUUUUUCAUACUAUUCUUCAUUAAAUUAAAAUCAGCUGAAUGGCAUUUUUUCUUCUAUCAGAAAUGUUUUUGUGUUAUGUCAUGAUGCAGAUGUGUUUGGUUCUCUCUCCUCACAGUGAGUUUGUGUGACUGGUUUCUCACAAAUCGGGCCUCAUUCAUGAAACCUUCCUAAAUGGACCUUAUUCACGCAAGCGCCAACUUUGAUUUUUAAUGGGAAUUACAGUGAGGCUGUGAGGAGAGACUUACAGUCUCUUCAGUGGGCUAUACUGCAGUUUAAGGUGUUUUUGGAUCGUUCUGCAAACAAAACAAUGAUAAAAUAUCUGUCCAAGAACAUUUAGUAUACAAAGAACUCUAGACAACAUGAGUUGUGGAAAAUCAGAUGUGAUCUAGGAGCUUUAUACAGCUUUAUACCAUUCGUGCCAUUGAAGAGAUGGUAAGUAUAUCCUUCACAGCCUCAUUUUCAUUCCUAUUAAAAAUUAAAGAUGGCGCUAGCGUGAAUAAGGUUUUGUAGGCUAUAAGAGUAAAUUGGGAAAUUUACCUGUAAAAUGGACCUUACCGAAAACUUUCCUCUGGAUUCACAAACGCUGUGUACACCCCAGAUUUGUUAGUUAAAUGUGUGUAUGUUUGUGAAUUACAAACAUUUGUAAAUAGGGUGCGUGUGCACUCACAAUUAUCAUAAUCCAUGGCCAUGAAAACACCAUAUAAGGAAGGCACAAGUAAAUGUUGCUAGCAAAUGCUUUUAACAUCUAUGUGGAACAGUUAUGAAAUCGGUUUUAUGAAUGAAAUGCAUUCGCAUCGUAAUACAUAAGAUGCACAUAUAUAGCAUCUCAAAGAAAGUGAGGAAUUUAUUGUCAUUGCAUGUUUUUGCUUUAUCUGAGGCUGUUUUUUUUUUUUUUUUUU